AAUACUGUCAAUCACAUUUUGCUUCCGGUAACUGCAGAUGGCCCUAACUUCUGAGGACUCUGUCAAACUAUCCUAGCUCGAAAUGAAUGCACGACGCGUGCGCAGUUGUGCUCCAACAGUUACCUCUUUCUCAGAAAGGGGUUCCCUCGAGAAUUCCUUGCACUCUACUGUUGACGGCAUUCUCAAAGAUCUGAAAGCAUGUUCACGUCGGUUGCAAGCCGCUCUCGCCAGCUACCAGGACGAAAUGCAGGUGCUCGAAAGGCUUUACUACAGAAGCAAAAAUCAGCAUCGAGCGGCUUUGUUCUUCAAACGUAUCUCGGAGAUCAGACGUUAUGGCUGGCGACUGCUAGAAGUAAAUAUGACCGAGGAUGUGCAUCUCCUUAGAGCAUCGUUUUAUGGUGCUACCGUUGUUCAGAGCGAAAAACUGAUGAGAGGGUCUUGGAAUCAUAUCCCAAGUUGGUCAUAUGUAUCUUUCAUCACUGAGAGGUUUAAGGCGUAUUCUUGCCUGAUACUCAAAACAUCUGAACGAGUUCGAGAAGCUUAUUACCAUUUUUCCCUUGCAAUGCAGUCUGGUGCAUUCAUUCAACUAAUUGUACUAUUUGCUGGACUUGCUUCAAGAAUGGCGACUUUGCUGACUGAAAUGAGUGAUUGUGUCCGAGGCUGCGAGGCUACCUGUGAUCGAGUACUGAGUGCUAUCGACCCGACCCACAAACCGAGUUUCAUAGCUGGAUCGAGGACUUCCAAGACGUCGGAACAUUUUUUGUCUCGUCAGAGUGACCAGCCAACUCCUACCAUUAAUCCGGAUAUUCCUCUGGAGGACUUUGGUUCCGCUGUUUCUAGAGAGGAGACGCUUGACCUACCAUCAUCCACAUCGGUCGAUGCUAGGGCCGUUAUAAGAAAAGCUAGGAGCAUAAACUCUGAUUCCUUGCAAGCUGCAGUCGUGGUAGAAAAAGUUACUGUUACCACAUCGUCCACUCGAAAAGACAAAACUGUGACAAAGCGGAAGAUAUCAUCUACUCCUGCCGACCAAGGGCGAUCGAAGAAGGCCAGGGAGAAACAAGAUGAAAUUGACGAUAUAUUCGGCUUUUAGCUGAACUUCAUUUCUCAUGAUAUUCAGAAGAUAUCGUUCGACUCUACUUGGAUUCCAGCUUCUCUAUAACUACAUCCAUUGCUGUGUCUCUACGCAAGCUAAUGCAAAGAUAGCAGAGCUAAG